UUCACACCAUCUUCUCUUCUUCACCUCCAAUGGGUAAGAAUUCUUCAAUGCUUGUAGCAUCUCUCUUUCUCUUAUUCAUAACCAGCCGUCUAAUAUCCCUUGUAGGGAAGGUAAGCCCAUGGCUCCCCGAUGAGCUUCUCAUUCAAGUUGAUACCAAUGCGAUCGACUCAGUCUCCUCUGAUUUCGGCAAGCUUGUCAAAGUGAUGCCUGUCGCCGUACUCUACCCCUCGUCAGACAGAGAUGUCCUCCAACUCGUAAAGUUCUCCUACAACUCCCACAACCCUUUCCCCAUCGCCGCCAGAGGCCGUAGCCAUUCCAUUCACGGCCAGGCCACGGCAAAGAACGGCGUGGUGGUUGAGAUGACCUGGUUGGAGAAACAUCACCCUUCCCGAAUUAGGGUUUCUUCAAGCCCUAAUUCGUCGAGAUUCUAUGUAGACGUAGGCGGCGAGCAACUUUGGUUUGAUGUUUUGCGAGCCACAUAUGAUUAUGGACUUGCACCAGUUUCUUGGACAGAUUAUCUCUACUUAACUGUUGGUGGAACACUCUCUAAUGGUGGAAUUAGUGGCCAAUCAUUUCGUUACGGCCCCCAAAUCAACAACGUUAUUGAAAUGGAUAUUAUUACAGGGAAAGGGGAGAUGGUGACUUGCUCCAAACAGAUAAACUCUGGGCUAUUUUACGGAGUUCUAGGAGGACUUGGGCAAUUUGGGAUCAUAACCAGAGCUAGAAUUCCUCUUGAGAAGGCUCCAAAAAUGGUGAAGUGGGUCCGAUUGUUAUACCAUGAUUUCUCUUCCUUCACAAGAGACCAAGAACAUCUAAUCUCCAUUAACAAGGGGUUCGAUUAUGUGGAGGGUUCUCUCAUAAUGCGCAAGAGCCCUCCAAAUAACUGGAGAUCUUCCUUUUUCUCACCCUCUGAUCAAGUUCUAAUCAACUCUUUGGUAGUCAAACAUGGAAUCAUCUAUUGUUUGGAAGUUGUAAAAUACUACGACGAUCUCUCCGUUGAAUAUGUCGACGAGGAAAUGGGGUUGCUGCUUGGGGGUUUAGGAUUUCUUCCUGGUUUCACCUUCCAGAAAGAGGUUGGUUUUGUUGAAUUUCUUGAUAGGGUAAGGAGAGGAGAGUUGGAGCUUCAAGCCAAAGGACUAUGGGACGUUCCUCAUCCAUGGCUAAAUCUGUUUGUACCCAAGUCUGGCAUAAUGGAUUUCAAUGAGGGUGCUUUCGUCAACAUUCUCCAUAAACAAAACCAGACCACUGGAACUAUUCUCGUGUACCCAGUUAAGCGGAACAAGUGGGAUGAUAGGAUGUCAGCAGUGAUACCAGAUGAGGACAUUUUCUACUCCGUUGGGCUGUUGCGUUCAGGGAGUGAUGCUGAUUGGGAGAUUUUGGAGAAUCAAAACAAAGAGAUACUGAAGUUCUGUGAGAAAGCUGGGAUUAAAGCGAAACAGUAUCUUCCCCAUUACAGAACUAGGGAAGAAUGGAUGAACCAUUUUGGCUCGAAAUGGGAUACUUUCCGGGAGAGAAAAGCUCAGUUUGAUCCGAAGAUGAUAUUAUCGCCUGGACAAGGGAUUUUCAAUUCUGACUGAUCAAGGGUGUAGAGGGCUUUAUUAUUAUUAUUAUUAUUAUUUUUUACAAUAUAUAUAUAUAUAUAUAUGAGUUAAUAAUAUUUAUAGCAUUAAGAGGAUUAAAAUAUGAAUGUAAUGGUGUUAAUUAGUUUGCAUUCGAAUUUGAAGUUGGAAGGAACUUUAUAAUUGGUUCAUUUUGGCUACGGUUUUGUCAAGACAUGCGCGCCUUCUUGUUAUGCUGUGAAAGUUUAU